AUGAGCAUGGCCGCCCUUCCCUUCCGCGAUAUCAAUGUACAUGCCUCUACGUCCCACUAUGCGUUCACGUCACCCUCCACCCCUUCCGCGCCGACCCUCGUCAUUGAGCGCCCAUCCGGAGAUAUCAGACUCAACAAUGGAUCACUGCUCGGUAGCAAGCGAGUCUCUAGUAUUGCUGGGAUUCUGGGCAUCAUCAAGCUCAAGCUCGACAAGUACAUUGUCGUAAUCACCAAGGCUCAGCCGAUGGGAAGGCUGCGAGGGCAUAUGCUGUAUAGGGUCGUCGCUACCGAGUUUCUGUCCCUUCGAGAGCGUCCAGUCCACGACCCGGACGAGGACACCUAUCUGUCGUAUCUUAAGACGCUUCUCUCGAACGGUCCAAUGUACUUUUCUUAUUCAUUGGACGUCACCAACACCUUCCAACGCCAAGCGCAAUCGGAUCUGGCUCAGCCGCUCUGGAAACGAGCAGACGAUCGUUUCUUCUGGAACCGCUUCAUUCAAACCGACCUUAUCGACUUCCGCAUGGGCGGCGGUAGUGGAAGCGGGCUGCGUGGGACUCAGCAGGCCGGAGUCGAUCCUUACAUUCUUCCGGUCAUGUUUGGGAUGCUGAGAAUAACUCCAGCUAAAGUGAAGGGGACACCGUUCACUUUCGCGCUCAUCACGAGACGGUCGAGGUUCAGAGGCGGUACAAGAUACUUCUCGCGCGGUAUUGAUGCGGAUGGCCAUGUAUCCAACUUCAAUGAGACUGAGCAGAUUGUCAUUCUCAAUGAUGUUACUGGCGCGCCGACAGGCUACGCCGGAGGGCAAGCCGUCCAGAAUGGCAAGGUUGGCGCUAGCUCUACCAAUGAGACGCAGAUCAUGGCCUAUGUGCAGACACGGGGCAGCGUGCCCGUCUUCUGGGCCGAGAUCAACGACCUGCACUACACCCCCAAGCUUCAGAUUAGAGGUGUGGAAUCGGCUGUCGAUGCUGCAAGGAAGCACUUCAACGAGCAAAUUCGUAUCUACGGGGAGAACUACUUGGUCAACCUCGUGAAUCAGCGCGGCCGAGAGGAACGCGUGAAGAAGGCCUAUGAACAAAUGGUCAGAAUUCUGGUUAGCUCGCCGGAUGAAAACAUCGAGUCAGACCGUCGCACGGCUGAAAAGUUUCGCGACAUUGAGCCAAGUGGCAAUCAGCGGAUGGACCGUCUACACUACAUCUAUUUUGAUUUCCACUCGGAAACAAAAGGGCUGAAGUGGCAUCGAGCCGAGCUUCUGCUGGACGAGCUUAUUGAUGGUCUUCGGAAAGGGCAGUACUUUAAAGGUGUCGAGAUGCCGGGUGACAAUACUGGAGCUCUGGAUGUACGUCUGCAACAGAGCGCUGCAGUCCGUACCAAUUGCAUGGAUUGUUUGGAUAGGACAAAUGUUGUUCAAAGCAUGCUUGGCCGUUGGGCCAUCACUCAACAAUUGACCGAUGCUGGUAUUCUUCAGCAUGGCGAGCGUGCUGGGGAUGACCGGGAUUUCGAGUACUUGUUCCGCAACAUGUGGGCCGAUAAUGCGGAUGUUGUAUCGAAUUCCUACUCUGGAACCGGUGCACUGAAAACUGAUUUCACCCGCACAGGCAAUCGAACGAGAGCGGGCAUGGCGCAGGAUUUGAACAACUCAAUUACCCGCUAUGUCAAGAACAACUUCCUCGACGGCCCCAGACAGGAUGGCUUCGACCUGUUUCUCGGCACAUACUUGCCAUCCACUUCUGGCGUUGGUUCGUCGCUCACCUUUGCCGACCGACGACCUCUGCUGGUACAAGCUGUGCCGUACAUUCUGGCUGCAUCGAUGUUCAUUGUCCUUCUGUCAAUGUUCAGCCGUCGGCCGCCGGAAUCAACCGUUUGGCCAGUACGAUUUCUCACACUACUCUGCGUGAUCGUCGCUGGCUGGUCGAUCCAGUUCAUCAUUUCAAACGGCAUGCUUUACGUCAAUUGGCCGAAACUCAACACACCAGCAUUUGCGGCCGAGGGCUAUUCUGAUGCCCUUACUAGGGCACACAAGGAUAAGAUAGUUGGCCAGUUCAUUCCCGUUGCUAAAGGCCACGAUCGCAGAGGUCGUAAUUUGAGCGCAAGCAAUGUGGGAUUCAUGGAGGAGGGCAAGAAGAGGAUAGAAUAA